CUGGGCAAGCUCUUCGAGCCCUACGUCAUUCACGUGCUGCCCAUGCUGCUCAACUGCUUCGGCGACCCCAGCCCGCAGGUGCGACAGGCAACGGAGGACGCGGCUCGUAUGAUCAUGGGCCAGCUGACCGCGUCAGGUGUGAAGCUGGUCCUCCCUGCGCUACUCAAGGGUCUGGAGGACAAGGUCUGGCGUACCAAACAGGGUAGCGUACAGCUGCUAGGCGCCAUGGCUCACUGUGCGCCCAAGCAGCUGGGCACUUGCCUGCCCACCAUUGUGCCCAAGCUCGGGGAGGUGCUCAGCGACCCGCACCCCAAGGUGCAGGCUGCAGCGCAGGAGGCGCUCAACGAGAUUGGCAGCGUCAUCCGUAACCCCGAGGUGCAGCGCCUAGUGCCUUCCCUGCUGUCCGCCAUCGCUGACCCCAACAACGCUACGCGCGCCUGCCUGGAUGUGCUGCUGGACACGGUGUUCAUUAACACUAUCGACGCGCCCUCCCUGGCGCUCAUCGUCCCAGUGGUGCACAGAGGCCUGCGCGACCGCUCGGGUGACACCAAGAAGCGAGCCGCACGCACCGUGGGCUCCAUGUGCUCGCUGGUCAACGACGCCAAGGAUAUGAGCCCUUACGUGCCACUGCUGAUGCCGGAGCUGCAAAAAUCGCUGGUGGAUCCGCUACCUGAGGUCCGUGCCGUAUCAGCGCGGGCCAUUGGCUCGCUCAUGAAGGGUAUGGGUCAGGAGACAUUCGGCCACCUGGUGCCCUGGUUGUUGGAGACCCUUGCCAGUGAGAGCAGCAGCGUGGAGCGCAGCGGAGCGGCGCAGGGUCUUGCCGAGGUUCUGGCGGUGUUGGGUCCUGACCACCUGGACGCGCUGCUGCCAGACGUGUUGGCCUCUGCGGGGGCCAGGUCGAGACCCGCACAGCGCGAGGGUGCCCUUACCCUGUUCCAGUACCUGCCACUCACCAUGGAGGACUCGUUGCAGGUGCACCUGCCCCGUGUGCUACCCGCCAUUCUGGAUGGCCUCAGCGAUGAGGCAGAGGGGGUGCGGGACGCGGCACUGGCAGCAGGCCGCAUCCUGGUGGACCAUUACGCCCGCACUGCCCUUCCGCUGCUGCUGCCCGCCGUGGAGGAAGGCGUCUUUGCGGAGAACUGGCGCAUCCGGCAGUCCUCCGUCAAGCUGCUGGGCAAGCUGCUGUUCAAGAUUGCGGGCGCAAGCGGCAACGUCAUCUUGGACGGCCAUGAGGACGAGGAGGGCAUCGCGGAGGAGUCGUAUGGCGAGGCCAUUACUGCGGCGCUGGGCAUGGAACGCCGUAACGAGGUGCUUGCGCGCCUGUAUAUCGUCCGUACGGACGUGCAGUAUACGGUACGGCAGGAGGCGCUUCAUGUGUGGAAGACGGUGGUGGUCAACACUCCGAAGACUCUGGGCCAGAUCCUACCGGACCUAAUGCAGCUUGUGAUCGAGAGCCUGGCGGACGAGGGCGACGACCGGCGCCAGGCGGCUGCGCGCUGCCUGGGCGAGUUGGUACGCAAGAUGGGCGAGCGCGUGUUGGCGCGCAUCAUCCCCAUCUUACGGGAGGGGAUCAGCUCAGAGAGUGCUGCCACGCGGCAAGGUGUAUGCCUGGGACUGAAAGAGGUUCUGGACAACCUGGGUCGCCACCAGCUGCAGGAGCACCUCGCCGAGGUGCUGCCCACUGUUCAGUCCGCUCUCACCGACACCGACGCUGGCGUGCGCGAGGCAGCCGGUGCCGCUUUUGGCAUCCUGUUCAAGGGAUCUGGUGGCGCCGGCGGUGGCUCCGCCGUCGACGGCGUUGUGCCGUCCAUGCUUGCUGGCCUGGAGCACGACCGCCGCUACCGCGAGAGCCUGGAAGGCCUUCGCGUCAUCCUGCAGGUCAGGCCACAGAUCUUCCAUUUCGUGUGCCCCAAGCUGCUGCAUCGGCCGCUGCUGCUGAAUAACGUCCGUGCGCUCGGCGAGCUGGCAGGCGUCGUCGACUCGCACCUUAACAACCACCUGGACGCGAUCCUGCCGGCGCUGUUGGCCGCGGCCUCGGGCUCGCGGUUGGUGACUGCGUCGGGUCGGGUUGCUGCCGCGGAGGCGGCGGUGGCGGUUGCGGCGGGCGUGGACGAGGAGGGUUUGCACCUGCUAGUCCCGGAAAUGGUUAAGGCUCUGGAUGACCCGGGCACUCGCCAUGGAGCCGCUCAGCUGAUCACCUCUUUCGCGAGCCAUUCUAAACAUGAUUUCCAGGAACACGUGCCACAGCUCAUCCAGUCCCUGGUGUUGCUGCUGGCGGAGGACUCCACCCCCGAGGAGCUGCUCGUUACCUGGAAGGCGCUGGAGGCCGUAUGUGGCUCUAUCCCGAAGGAGGCGCUACCCGAGUAUGUCAACUGCCUCAAGGUGGCAAUUGCGGACGCAAGGGAGAAGGAGCGCCGCAAGCGCCGUGGCGGGCCGCUGUUGCUGGCGGGGCUGUGCGUGCCGCCCAAGGCGCUGGCGCCUCUGCUGCCCAUCUAUUUGCAGGGCGUGCUGCAGGGCAGCAGCGCGGAGGUCCGUGAGGCCGCCGCCGAAGGCUUGGGCGAGCUGGUGGGAGUGACGAGUGAGGAGUCGCUCAAGCCGUUCGUGGUGUCCAUUACAGGCCCCCUCAUCCGCAUCAUUGGCGAUCGCUUCCCCUCGCCCAUUAAGGCCGCAAUUCUGGGCACGCUGGGACUGCUCAUCGCCAAGGCGGGCCAAGGCCUCAAGCCCUUCGUGCCGCAGCUGCAGACCACCUUCCUCAAGUGCCUCAACGACCAGAGCGAUGUGGUUCGCGAAAGGGCCGCUGACAACCUGGGCGAGCUCACCCGCAUGAGCGCCCGUCUGGAGCAGCUGGUGCAGGAUCUGGCCACUAGUGGGAGGACAGCAGAGCCGCAGGUCCGCGAUGCCCACCUUCGCGCUCUUCGUGGAGCGCUGCUGGCGGCGGGCGAGCGCUUGGCCGCCCCCGCCGUGUCCGCUGUGGCAGACACGCUGCGGGACACCAUGCGGGCGGCAGCAGGUGAGGCCACACACAAGCCACAACACAUGCCCAGCGCGCUUGUCGUCUUGUAUCACCAAAGCGAAUAA